UAUACUUUGUCACUGUCCUCUCUUUCAGGCCAGGAGCGCUUUGGAAAUAUGACCAGAGUAUACUACAAAGAGGCAGUUGGUGCUUUUGUGGUCUUUGAUGUCACAAGAGGCUCCACUUUUGAGGCUGUUUCUAAAUGGAAGCAUGAUUUGGACAGUAAAGUAUUACUUCCCAAUGGCAACCCUAUCCCUGCUGUUCUUCUUGCAAACAAGUGUGACCAGAAGAAAGAUGGCAGCCAGAACCCCUCUCAAAUGGACCAGUUCUGCAGAGAAGGUGGCUUUGUUGGAUGGUUUGAAACAUCUGCCAAGGACAACAUCAACAUAGAUGAAGCUGCUCGAUUCUUGGUGGAAAAUAUACUUGCCAACUACAAAACCUUUCCUAAUGAAGAGAAUGAUGUGGGGAAACCAAAACUGGACCUAGACCCAUUGAAAGCAGAGAGCAAAUCACAGUGCUGCUAAUGCUACCACUGUUCAGUAAAUGUGAUGGGAUGAGCAGCAAGACUGUUCCUUAAAUCAAACUGCUGCUGCUACGGUGCUGUGUUGUGACAAUCCAUAUGGGGCAUCUGGUAUUAUCUGAAUAGGUGAUUCUUGUGGGUGUUUACAUAUUCUUGUUUAGGAUGAAGCUGAGUGUCUUGUGAAUUAUCACUCCACUUUCUUGAGUGGCUGCAUCUAAACCUGAUUAGUGUCUUCUUACUUGAGAAUGUAAAGGUGUGUUUACACUCCUAAAAAGAAACAAAGACAACAUUCAGUGUCUCGUUUGCUUCUAGGACAUAUGCUGCCUUCUAAACAGGAUUUUCUCAUUGUGACACAUGAACAGACACUGCACCUUU